GGCGGGGUUUUGGUCGUGUUGUCUGUAAUACACGGUCCGGCUCGGUUUCGAGGGCCGGAAAUCCGUGAGUUAAGGCCUGGGGAAUUUUUAUGUCGAAGAGAUUAGUACUUGGAUAAACCGAAUCUGCAAGGGAUAAAGCGUAUCUCGAGGACCGUAUGGAGAGAGGGGCGGAGGCCCCGACAUGGAGUUGAGGAGGCAUUGAGGGGCUUACACUUCAGCGCAGUUUUGACGUGAUCGUGCUUUAAUAAAAAAUAAAAAUGGGAACAAAGGAGAAGUUGGAGGCCAUGUUGAACGUGGCUCUUCGUGUCCCAAGCAUAAUGCUUUUGGAUGUUUUGUAUCGAUGGGAUGUGAGUUCCUUUUUCCAGCAAAUCCAAAGAAGUAGUCUAAACAACAACCCACUCUUCCAGUACAAGUACUUGGCACUCAACAUGCACUAUGUUGGUUACAUCCUGAGUGUUUUACUUCUGACUUUACCUCGACAACAUCUGGCUCAGCUGUACCUCUAUGCUGUGACUGCCAUGCUGCUAUAUACUGGUCAUCAAAUUUCUAGGGAUUAUGUUCGCAGUGAGCAGGAAUUUGGUUAUGAAGGACCAAUGCACCUGGAACCCUUGUCUUUGAACCGGUUUUUCACUGCACUAAUAGGUCAGUUGGUGGUGUGUACUCUGUGCUCCUGUGUAAUGAAGACUAAGCAAAUCUGGCUUUUCUCUGCUCACAUGCUCCCCCUGCUGGCUCGUCUUUGUCUUGUUCCUAUUGAAACUAUUGUUGUCAUUAACAAGUUUGCUAUGAUUUUCACUGGGCUUGAAGUACUGUACUUUUUGGCAUCAAACCUUUUUGUGCCCUUUAAUCUUGCCAAGUCUGCGUACCGGGAGCUUGUUCAGGUAGUGGAGGUAUAUGGACUUCUUGCACUGGGAAUGUCUCUCUGGAACCAACUUGUUGUCCCGGUCCUGUUUAUGGUGUUCUGGCUAGUCCUGUUUGCACUUCAGAUUUAUACAUAUUUCAGCACACGUGAUCAGCCAACCUCCCGUGAACGUCUUCUAUUCCUUUUUCUUACAAGCAUUGCAGAGUGCUGCAGCACGCCAUACUCUCUCUUGGGUUUGGUCUUUACAGUUUCCUUUGUGGCUCUUGGUGUGCUGACUCUAUGUAAAUUCUACCUUCAGGGAUACAGAGCAUUCAUAAAUGAUCCAGUUAUGAACAGGGGUAUGACCGAGGGAGUGACUCUGCUGAUACUUGCUGUGCAGACGGGGCUGAUUGAGCUUCAGGUGGUACACAGAGCUUUCCUACUCAGCAUCAUCCUGUUCAUUGUUGUGGCUUCUAUUCUGCAGUCUAUGCUGGAGAUUGCUGACCCUAUUGUACUUGCUCUUGGUGCAUCACGUGAUAAGAGUCUGUGGAAGCACUUCCGGGCAGUCAGCCUUUGCUUAUUCUUACUAAUUUUUCCUUCUUAUAUGGCCUAUAUGAUUUGUCAGUUCUUCCACAUGGAUUUCUGGUUACUAAUUAUCAUUUCCAGUAGCAUUCUCACCUCACUACAGGUUCUCGGAACGCUUUUCAUCUAUGUGUUGUUUAUGAUUGAAGAAUUUCGCAAGGAGCCUGUUGAAAACAUGGAUGAUGUCAUAUACUAUGUCAAUGGUACUUACCGCUUGCUUGAGUUCCUUGUUGCAUUAUGUGUUGUGGCAUAUGGUGUCUCAGAGACUGUGUUUGGAGAGUGGACAGUUAUGGGUUCUAUGAUCAUCUUUAUUCAUUCAUAUUAUAACGUUUGGCUGCGGGCGCAACUUGGCUGGAAAAGUUUUCUUCUGCGCAGAGAUGCAGUGAACAAGAUUAAAUCUCUGCCUACUGCCACCAAAGAACAGCUAGAGCACCAUAACGACAUCUGCUCCAUAUGCUACCAGGACAUGACGUCUGCAGUUAUCACUCCAUGUAGUCAUUUCUUCCAUGCUGGAUGCCUUAAGAAGUGGCUUUAUGUGCAGGAGACCUGCCCUCUUUGUCACUGCCAACUAAAAUCCCUUUCUCAACAAGCAGGUUGUGAUUCAUUUCCAGCUACAAAUGCAGAAAUUCAGCAGAAUACCCCCAACACACAACCAGAGGAGGUUUUCAGGGCACAGACCGCAAAUCCCCCUGUGGAUGUACCCCAGAACUCUAUGGAGCCAGAACAUAAAACAGACACUCAGCUUGUAGAGUCAACUGAUGCCACAAAUUUGCUGCAAGUGGAGCUUUGUCCAGAUAGUGAUGGAUUGAAUAACUGUGAAGUGUUUGAGGAUGUAAUACCUAGAGACGAGAAUCUCGAGGAUUUCAAUGAGAAGUAUUUUCCACAAGCAAGUGAGAUUUCUGUAGGAAUAUGAAAAUUUUGCUUGCUGGGAUUAACCAUGGGAAAUCUAAACCCUCUCUUCUUCGAUGCAGCAAGCUGCUUUUCAGAUAAAAAGCUGAUGCUGAUCAAAGUGUAUGCAAAAUUUUUCCAUGUGGAUUUUAUUUUUUUAUGUUUUGGUGCCGAUGAAGAGAAAGCAAACAGUUUUCUUACACUGCCCUGCCAGUCAGUAUCGAUCAAGAGAGGGAGAAACAAAUAACUAUAUAUAUAUAUAUAUAUAUAUUAUAGAGCAUUUUAAUUGUUGGAAAGGAUGUAGGCUUCCCUUCUCUAUCAGGAAAUAAUUUGACAUAACAAUCUAAAAGUUCCAACAUAAGGUAAUCACUACUUGCAAAAAUGUCACUCAGACUUUUUUUUUUCUCCCCCUUCUGGAUUGUCAUAAGCAUGGAUAAAAAGAUUCCACUGGUGGGAUUGCACAGAGAGGAUGCUGCACGCUUGCAUGCACGCUUGCUUGCACUCAAAAGUAUACACACUUGGGGUGUUUCUGGGGUGGGGCAACACUGGUUUUGAAAGUAUAUAUUUGCAACCUCAAGUAAAUUUAACUUUUUUCUUACGUACAAGAAUUAGUAGUAUUUAACUACAGUCAACCUUUUCCUCCUGUAUGAAGUAUCAUUGAAGUUCAAGUGAUCACUUUUGCUGAGUAGGAUGAACUUCAUUGCACUGAAAGGGGUUUUAAUGGUGUGAUAAUGCUGUAGUCUUAUGAAACAAAUGCAGUGUUAAGAAAUGGCAGUAUUUGCACUAUUGGAAAUGAGUACAUAGCCCUGUGUAUGAUCAAACUCCGCAAUUGCCAUUUUUAAGGCUGUUGGUAGUAAUAGCACUUUCAGAUUUUUUUUCCCCUGCCCAGAAUAUUGUGUUUAAAUUUUUUAAAUUUGAUCAUGGCUUUAGGUGGAAAAAAACAUCAAUUUUUUAUGUGAAUUUUGAUAUGAAAAUAAAACCAUUAAUUUAUACUAGUAGGCUUUGGCUGUAAAGGAAAAUUAUUGAGUAUUCAACCUUUCUAAUGUAAGAUGUGACUUUUUAUUUGAGAUAAUUAUAAUAUUUUUUUUUAUUAUUUUGUGGUACAUUUGGAUGUAGACUGACAGACAUAGCUGAAUGUCUUAAUAAAUUAUAUUUAAACAUG